GUGAAGUCGCCCUGUCUUCCCCAGGCCUCAGUUUUCUCAUUCGUAAAAUGAGAUUCCACUUUUAACGUUCUCUGGUCGUCGGACCACCUUUUACACAUUCCUCGGCCCUUUCUGCCGAGGAGCAAGGGGAAGGAUAAAGUUUGUUCCCAACUUCUUGUUGUUAGAAGAUUCAGAAAGCGCAAAGUUUUCCGGAAGUCUGCCGGCCGGGGCGCGGCCAUCCGGGAAUGAACGUUGCGCUUUGCCGACUCGCAAGGGCAGACCCUGAGCAGGCCGGGAGACAGCUCUGGACAGAGCCUCGUCCGGCUCCGACCCGCAGGCUCUGUGAACUUCCACGAUUGGCUACUCUGAGCUGAGCGCGAUCCCAGGCCAAGGCCAAGAGCGCUUUCUCUUUCUGAACUCCACGCCCAGCUUGCGAAGUGAAGAUCUUCCCAAAGAAGGUCUUUUUGGGGCCCACCAUGUCCGAAGGACUACUGGAGAGAUAUGUAGCUGCCAUGGUACUAAGUGCGGUAGGUGACUCCCUGGGAUAUUUCAACGGGAAAUGGGAGUUCCUAUUGGAUGGUGAGAAGAUCCACAAGCAACUUGCCGAGCGUGGAGGUUUGGAUGCCGUCGAUAUUGAAGGCUGGAGAGUCAGUGAUGAUACGGUGAUGCAUCUGGCAACAGCAGAAGCCCUCAUAGCUGCUGGGAAAGAAGAGAACCUGACCUGGGUGUAUUCCCUUAUAGCAAGACACUAUAAAGCAUGCAUGAGCGACAUGGCUGGCCGAGCUCCGGGUGGUGCCAGUGUAGCCAAUGCUUUGAAGCUGGAGCCAGAUGAACCCAAUGGAUGGAGGAUUCCAUUCAACAAGCAUGAGGGGGGCUGUGGCGCUGCUAUGCGUGCCAUGUGUGUUGGACUAAGGUUCCCACACCCUGAACAACAGGACACUCUGAUCCAAGUGAGCAUAGAGAGUGGCCGCAUGACCCAUCACCAUCCCACUGGCUACCUUGGGGCUGUCGUCUCUGCUCUCUUUACCUCUUAUGCAUUGAAUGGCAAGCCACCUCAAGAAUGGGGAAGAGGAUUGAUGGAGGUGCUACCAGAAGCCAAAAAGUACGUUGUCCAGGCUGGCUAUUUUGUGAAAGAGAACCUUGAAUCCUGGGACUACUUCAAAGAUCAAUGGGAAAAGUACUUGAGCCUUCGAGGAAUUUCAAAUGGCGGAUCCCCUAUUUUCCCAAAGCCCUUUGGUGUGAAAGAGAGGGAUCAAUUCUACAAGGAGACCUGCUUCAGCAUGGCCAGCAGUCUCAGCAGAUGCCUCUGUUUCCUGGGGAUAAUGCUGUUAUUCUCUUCUAAGGGUUCAGGUCAUGAGCUUCCCCUUGCACAUCAGAAAUGCUCUGACUUUCAGAAUGCCAAUUUUCUACGGGGCACCAACCUCAAUGUCCAAUUCCUCUUCUUCACUCCUUUGGAUCCUAGCUGUGGGAAGCUGGUAAGAGAAAGUAGUGACCUUCAGAAUUUUGGAUUCAACACCUCUCUGGAAACCAAGUUAAUUAUCCAUGGAUUCAGGGCAUUAGGAACCAAGCCAUCUUGGAUCGAUAAAUUCAUCCAGACUCUUCUGCGUGUGGCAGAUGUAAACGUGAUUGCAGUAGACUGGGUUUAUGGAUCCACGGGUGUUUAUUACUCAGCUGUGGACAAUGUGAUAAAACUCGGUCUGGAAAUCUCCCAAUUCAUCAGCAAUCUACUGGCGCUUGGUGUGUCAGAGUCAUCUAUCCACAUCAUUGGGGUCAGCCUUGGAGCACAUGUUGGGGGAAUGGUAGGAUAUUUCUAUAAAGGCCAGCUGGGAAGGAUAACAGGCCUGGAUCCUGCAGGUCCAGAGUACACUAAAGCCAGCCUGGAAGAAAGACUGGAUCCUGGGGAUGCUUUAUUUGUGGAAGCCAUCCACACAGACACAGACAAUCUGGGUAUCCGGAUUCCGGUAGGACACGUGGACUACUUUGUUAAUGGAGGCCAAGACCAACCGGGAUGUCCCUCAUUUUUUCAUGCAGGUUACAACUAUCUGAUUUGUGAUCACAUGAGAGCUGUUCAUCUCUACCUCAGUGCCUUGGAGGAUCCCUGUCCACUGAUGGCCUUCCCUUGUGCCAGCUUCAAGGAUUUCCUUUCAGGACAUUGUCUGGAUUGCGCUGACCCUUUUCGGCAUUCUUGUCCCAGAAUCGGUUUACUGGAACAAGGAGGGAUCAACAUGGAAAAGCCUCCCAAAGAAGUGAAAGUCUACCUCCUGACCACUUCAAAGGCUCCAUACUGCCUCUGUUACAGUCUCGUGGAGUUUCAUUUACAGAAAGUGAGAAACAAGAACACCAACAUUGAAGUCACUUUGCAUAGCAGUAAUCUUACAACUUCCAUUAAGAUUACCAUAUUGAAAAACCAGUUCAUUGGCAAAGGACUGAUAGCCCACUCGAUCCCACAUUGCCACAUAAAUCAAGUGAUCCUGAAGGUUCUUUCCUCCAACCAUGUUUGGAAGAAAGAUAAGAGCUCCAUCACUGGGAGAUUCUGCGCCAUCCCUUUGCCUGCUAACCACAGUACGAAGAUGUGGUGCUCCUCCGAACCCAUGACCUUGCAAACAAAUAUAAAUGCUUUUGCAAAGCUGGAAAUACCAUGUGUGUAAUAUAAUCCCUGGAGAUCUUUGGAGGAGAGCAAGUGGUUUCAUUCAGACUGCUCUUAUCAGACUAAGGAUAAUAUCUCUGUCAUUAUCUACUAAGUAGCACAAAGCUACUCAUCAUUAUUUUUAUUGAUACGUUUUGUUUAGAUAUAUGUGCCAAUUCGUUCCCAAUAAACAAUGCCCCUUCCUGCCCUGGACCUUUCUGUUAAAAAGCUGUGAUUAGGCAAAGCCAUCUAAAACAGCUAUUGUAAGUGAUAGCACACAUAAUUUUCCACUUUUAUAGUUUCUUCCUUUUUUUUUUCUUUUUCCCCCUCCUUCUUAAUUGAAAGGAAAUACGUCAUCUGGGAGGAAUACUGACCAUUGCUAUUAACUCGAAUUUCUUUGCCUUUUAGGUUGUCUUUAUUUGCAUUAUUAAAAUCAUUAUGUAUAUUG